AUGCGGUUCUUCACUUCACAAUGCAAUAGUCCGGAUCGAAUACACGGAACGAGAGGAUCCAGAGCAUUGGCAGUAUGCACCCUGCUGUCACUGUCCGCUUUGAUUCCAGCUGCCCUGGCCGACAAGACUGCAGCUGAUUACUUCGUUCAUUCUCUUCCUGGCGCCCCCGAUGGACCCUUACUGAAGAUGCACGCUGGGCACAUAGAGAUUACCCCGGAGCACAAUGGCAACCUAUUUUUCUGGCACUACCAAAACAGACACAUCGCGAACCGGCAACGGACGGUAAUAUGGCUGAACGGUGGGCCUGGAUGCAGUUCCGAAGACGGCGCCUUGAUGGAGGUCGGCCCCUACCGAGUGAAAGAUGGAAUUCAUGGUCCCUCGUUAGAGUAUAACCCGGGCUCCUGGGACGAGUUUGCAAACAUAAUGUUCGUCGACAAUCCGGUUGGAACAGGUUACAGUUUUGUGGAUACGGAUAGCUACAUCCAUGAGCUGCCGGAAAUGGCCAGCCAGUUUAUUACCUUCUUGGACAAAUUCUUCACUCUGUUCCCGGAGUAUGAGCAUGACGAUCUUUAUCUCGCAGGGGAAUCCUAUGCUGGCCAACAUAUUCCGUACAUUGCCAAGGCGAUUCUUGAUCGGAACAAAGCAGGAGCAAAACAUCCGUGGCAACUCAAAGGGAUGCUUAUUGGAAACGGGUGGAUCUCACCAGAAGAGCAGUAUAUGGCGUAUCUUUCAUUCGCAUAUGAGCGAGGAUUGGUCCAACGGGACUCGGAUGUGGCGAAGAGGUUGGAGUCCCAACAAGCCAUUUGCGUUAAUAAGUUGAACGAGAAUGGAGGGAAAGACCAUGUGGAUAUUGGGCAGUGCGAACAGAUUCUGCAGGAAAUCCUUAGGGAGACGCAAACAACUGGCCCGGAUGGCAAGUCACAAUGUUACAACAUGUACGAUGUCAGGCUGAAGGACUCGUACCCGAGCUGCGGGAUGAACUGGCCGCCGGAUUUGGAAAAUGUCACUCCCUAUUUACGCCGAUCUGACGUCUUAGACGCUCUUCAUAUUUCGCCCGGGAAGCGAACAGGAUGGACUGAGUGCAAUGGUGCUGUUGGUGGUGCCUUCAGGGCUUCCAAAUCUCUGCCAUCAAUUCAGCUGCUUCCAAAUCUCCUCAAGGAAGUCCCUACGGUUCUCUUUUCGGGGGCAGAGGAUCUUAUCUGUAAUCACAUUGGAACGGAGGAUCUUAUCAGCAAUAUGCAGUGGAAUGGUGGAAAAGGCUUUGAACUCUCGCCAGGCACAUGGGCUCCACGCAGGGAAUGGGUCUUCGAGGGCGAGUCUGCUGGUUUCUGGCAGGAGGCUCGGAAUUUAACCUACGUCUUGUUCAACAAUUCUUCUCACAUGGUCCCAUUCGACUAUGCCAGAAGGACUCGUGAUAUGCUUGACCGUUUCAUGGGUGUCGAUAUCGGCAGCAUUGGCGGUGUUCCAACGGACAGUCGUAUUGAUGGAGAGAAGGGGCUUGAGACCUCAGUUGGCGGUCAUCCAAACAGUACUGCUGCUGAGGAGGCCGAGCAAGCGAAGCUUGAAGCCGCCAAAUGGUCGGCCUAUUACAAAUCUGGGGAGGUUGUUCUCGUCAUAGUCAUUAUUGCAGCAGCGGCCUGGGGCUAUUACAUCUGGAAAGACCGCCGACAGCGUGCAGGAUAUAAAGGGCUAUUUGGAGGGGAAACCCCGAUGUCUCUCGGGGGUGCUAGGGAGAGUCUCAGAGGUGGUAUGGGUCUGGAAAGCUUUAGGCAUAAGAGGGGUAACAGGGAUGUUGAGGCCGCGGAUUUCGAUGAGAGCGAGUUAGAUGAACUUCGCGUGAGAAGUCCUACGGAGGAUAUCGAUAGAUACUCCGUCGGGAGUGCGAGUGAUGAUGAUGAAGGAGAGAAGCCUGACAAUGGCCAUACGAACGGAAAGGGAAUGCAGGGAGAGAAGAGUUGA